ACUCCUCAGUUGCAGCAUUCUCCUCUCACUCCUGCCGUCCAUUGCGCGUAUCUCUCACGACUUAUGCGAGGGACGAUUAAGACGUCAAUAAACGUCAAGAAAUAAAAUGCUCUAGUUACAAUUCAGGCGAUUUUGGCUUGGACUGAAUAAAAAGUACUGUUGUUUAUUUUUAUUAGCGUCAAACAGACCGGACUGACCAGCCGAUAUUUUUUUUGAAGAUUGUAUUUAAAAGGUUAGUCUUUGUGACGCUCCGCGGCGGCUGGUCAAAGCGUUGGUCACGUGACUUGCAACAGCGUUAUUUUUUGUAGUUUCGUAACGAAACAUUCGGGCGGAAAACGUCCUUAAAAAAACGAGGUAAAAAACAGCGGAAACACCUUCGCGGUGUAUAUAUGGUGACAACCUGUCGCUAAUGGUAGCUAGCCGGUGACGUCACACGACUGCCCGUUACCGCCAACUUCUUGGUUGGGUAGACAAAUAUGCGCAUCGACGUUGCAAACUAAACGUUUUGUGUGCCGCGUAUUUUCGUAAUUGUUCACUUCUGACGGAAUGAAACGCCCAAGCGCUCGACUAUGUUCAUUUUGUCUUCGUACCGAAUAUUAGUUUGUUAUUUUUCUGCCACUUAUUUUAGGUAAAUCUACACGAACAUGUUCGGACGUGCCUCUUGUCCCGACUUGGGUUAAAAGUCCGGACGUCCUCUUGGGAAUUGAAGACCAUCUCGGCUCAGGCAUCUCCUGCACACCACUGGGAGCCUGCGCGAUGCCAACUUGUCAACAAGGAGGAAAGCCGAGGAACAAGAAAGCUGCGAGCCACCUGCUGCUCAGCUAGAACAAUGAGCUCCACCUUCUGAAGGAGGGCAGAAGGACCAUGCCACCAGGGGCGGGAAAACGCCCAGAGUUACUUUCAGAUGUCAGAGAAUGCAGGCCAAUGAAGCCAUACCUCCUCCAACUUGUCAUCUUUCUCCACUUACAUCCACUCAUCCUGCGGCCUCCCGGCCUGAGGAUCUUUUCGUAGCAAACGGAAGGAUCUUUGAGCUGCAGGAAGAAGUCAGCAAGAUCAAAACCGACCUGGAAAAAGCCCACGGAUGCAUAAAACUAUUACUAACCCAAGUGGCCGAGCGGGACAAAGUGAUAGAGACUCUGAAUCAAGCCCUACGCGCAGGUAGACCACAUGAUGUUGUUUCUGUGGACGCUCAAAACAACACUAAUAAGAAAGUGAUCGCCUAUCUUAACCUUCAGAUCGAGUACCUUCAAGAGUCCAACAAGAUGCUAGAGGAGAAGCUUUCGGAAACGCAGCAGAAGUUUUCAGACAAAACGGCCGACCUUUCUUUAAAGAACUUUGAGCUGUGUCGAGAUGUGGCGCAUAAGAACAACAUCGUGAAGCAGGCCCAGACGGAUAAGAAGCGGGGCUUGUGUAUCGCUUACAGGAAGUUGUACGCUUCCAAGGAACUCAUUCUUGAUCAACAGGAACUCAUUAAAGAUUUGGAAGAUAACCUAAUAAAAAUAAGAACUGAACCUUCAGCGAUGAACUCAAGUGGAUUCACUGGAUUGGAUAGGAUUAUUGACCUGGAAAAGGCUGUUCAGAGUCUGGAGAAGGAGAGACUGGACCUGCGCUCACAACUUUCCAUGCUGAGAGACAGCAAGCGGGACGUGCAGUCACAGAUGGAUGUUUGCUCGGCUGCACGGCUUCAGGAUGAAGAAGCAGGAAAAGCAGCCCACUCUUCUCGUAAGCUGCAGGGGCCGCCAAACAGCCACGAGUUGCAGCUGGCGAGCAUGUUAAAACAGCUGGUUGACUCUGAGGAGGAGAUGGCAGGACUCAAACAAGACAAAGAAAGCGUUGCCACAAAAUACAGGAUGUUGCAAGAUGAACUGACCAGACAGAAGCAAGCUGCACAUGGCUUGGAGGAUGUUUUUCUUGAGCGUGAUGAGCUUAAACUCAGAGUAAGCUCUUACAUCACAACAGUGUCCAGGAUUGAGAACCUGUUGAAGACAAAGGAGCAGGAGAAUUUCGACCUGCUUGAGCGCUUACGAAAGGCCCGCUUUGACAUACAUGAAAGGGAUCAGAGGCUGCAGCAAGUCGAGGACCUCAUGGCGUCAGUUGGCAUGGAGCUGCGCAAAGUUCAGCCGGCUGCUAUUCUCUCCGAUCUGGCCUGUGCCAGGGAGCUCAACGCCAAACUGGACUCGGACAAUGAACUCGCCGUAUGUCAACUCACAUCCAAGAGCGUAGAGCUCGAGCUGGUGAAGGAACAACUGGAAGAUAUCCAGUCAGAGCUUUUAAAAAAGCAACUGGAAAAAGAAAAAGAAAAGUUGACUCUGCUCUCCAACACUCUUCAAAAGGCCAGCGAGGGGGAGUCACAGAUGAGGUUCCAACCAGACAGGCUCAUCCCAGCUGACAAAAUGACUGGUGACUGCAACUACGGGAAGCAGGUGUCCCAUCUUCAAAGUCGAGUCAGUCAGCAUUGGACGGAGACGAAUGACUGCAACACAAAAGUGACAUCAGAACGCCAGGAGCAACAUGUGACCUUCAAGGAUUGAUCUCAAAUGAAGGCAUCUGCGUUAAAGAUCUUUCAUCAUGUUGCGGCACAUGGAGCUCUCCCUGGAUCUUAAUAACUAUACACGUCCUCUGUGGGGUUCACUUAUAUGGGCGGCAGUAGCUGAGUCAACCAGGGUUUUGCUUUGGACACUGCAAAUGUGCUUUGCGACACGCUUAAUUAUAGAGCGCAUGCUGUGAUAACAGCAGCAUGAAACUAUUAAUGUUUGUUUUUUAAGUUUCCAGUUCUUUUUCAAAGGUUUAAUUAUGUAAAAAAAAAAAAAGGCAAAUAGCACCCUCUGCUGGAAUUUGAUUUGAAUAGUGUGUAGGGUCAUUGGUAUGGUGACCAGAUUGUGUACAGAACAUGGUGUAUCAUCAGGUCUGUUGGAAAAGUUGCUUCUUUAUUUAAUUGAAUGGUAGGAGAGUCUGUGACUUAAAAUUAGUUAAAAAUAAUCCACAAGCGUGUUUUAGCCAUGUUGAACUACUCAUUUGCCACAGUGGCGGGACAUCUCUAAUCCAGUCCUUGUGAAGUAAAACACUAUAGUACAAAUUAAUGCCAUUUAAAAAAAAAAAAAAGUUUAAAACUUUUAAUGCCGGCAAUACUGAGUGUUUAUGUUUGGGAGGGCAUACGUGAAGAGGGAGAAGUCUAGGAUGUACUUUGGCAGGAGUUCCCUCAGCAGCUUCUGUGGAAGGCUGCACAGGUAAUACUGUAUCGUCUCUGGGGUGACGGGCUUGUACCACGACUGUCUCUCUGGAAAGCGCACGUGCGCUGGAGCCCCGAUUUGCUGGAGCACAAACUCGGCAUCCAUUUGUAGGUGUUCGUACGAGCCGAUGAAGUCGUAGGUGAGCGCGCAAGGCUGGCAUAGGUUGUACAUUGGCAUCCAGUGCUCGUUCAUGUGCUCCACAUCCUCAUCCAGCAGGUACUGGACAAACUCUGCAAAAGUGACGUCAUCUCCGGUUAUCAGCGAGUUACCAAGCGGGCGGCCCUUCCUGUAACGCUUAAUGAUCUCGACGCCGUAUUUUUUUUGGUAGGACUCGAUCUCUCCGAACUUAUUCCUGUAUGCGGACAGCAGGCGCUCCAUGGGAUCUCGCACAAACAUGAACUUGAAGUAGUGCUUGAGGCGGUAACGAAUCUCCUCUGGUUUCAUGGAGGCCAAAAAGACGAGGUCAUGUAGGUGGUCCAUCUUCCCUUUGACUUCCACGUUCUCCAGCGCCCCGUUUAGGACCUUAAAGACCCUUUUCCAGUUGGAGCAGGCCACCUUGGGGACGUAGCAGUAGAGGAAGCCGUACUUGUCGUUCACCAGCACGUGCUGCAGCAAGGUCUUCCUCUGCGGGGGCGCCAGGGACCAUAAAUCGUGGGGCAUGUUCUUCUGGCUGCACAUGGUCCUGAUGGUGCGGUUCCUGAUCUCCUGGAGGAUCUGAAUGGGAUGGCAAAGGAAACGGGAUUACCGGUACAAACAAUUGCUAGGUAAGAACUGUUGCACUGUGCCUUUAAUCAAAGAUGAUAUAGACCACGGGUGUCCAAAUUAUUUCCAGCCAGGGCCAGGUUCAUAAAAAUUGAAGGAUGCGGGGGGCACUUUGAUACAUUUUUCACAUUAAUGACAAUGUAUUUAUAUCAAUAUAUGCUGAACUAUCUGAAAAAUAUAUACACAAUUUAGCUCUGUGCCAUCAUAAGUGUAUAUGUUUUUUUGUUUUGUUCUACUUUUGUGGCUGUGUCUAGAAGUGGCUGGUUGCAUCAGCUCUGCUCUUUUAAUGUAUUUACUGUCCUUUGGGAUCUUUGAUGUUUCCCUUUUACACACAUGUUUAUGCGUGCUAUGGCUAUGAGGGUUUUUUUCUUCCUUGGUCUCAGUCUGGACCCCCUCUCCAGGGGCCCAGGCUUAGACUGAAUUUUUUUUUCCUCACCCCCUCUCCCUGAGUUUACCUGUUUCUUGCCUUUUUUGUAAGGGGCGCCGGAAGUUGGCAGACCCUGUUCCUUCUCCCUGUGAUGUUUGUCUGCUCUUGAAUGGGAUUGUGCUGAAAAUCUUAAUUUCCCCUCGGGGAUUAUUAAAGUAUUUCUGAUUCUGAUUCUGAUAACAAUUUUGUGUCAUAUAGCUGGGAUAAACUCCAGCACCCCCGCGAUCACGAAAGGGACAAGCGGUAUAAAAUGGAUAAAUUAAUGGAUCUAAUCCAACAGAUAUUCUUCAGAUAAUUAAUUUCUUCACAUUUUGCGGUAAAUAAAACUAUGUAUGAUAUAUCUAUGACGCCACAGACCGGCAAAUAGACUUAACGUUUAAUGUUCUUACCCUUAAAAUGAUAAACUUCAUAUAAAAUCUCCCAUUCUUAAAUCCAAUGUUUUCCUUUUUUUUAGUAUCGAUAAAAUUGAUACAUUCCCUUUUAAAACGAUCCCGCAUCGAUACCAAUCUUCCGGAAGGCAAACUUGCCGAGCACAGAUCGAUAUACUUGAAAUUUCGGACUAUAAAUCGAUCUAUCGCUAUAAUGAACUUGUUACACCCCUAAUAUCUUGCAAGAAAUUUGUCCACAUGUUCAUAAUGACAGGACACGUGGAAAUGAACAAAUUUCAAAAUGCGCGGGUCGUCAGGUUUUUGGUUUUUGUUUGCUUUCGUAAUGUUCUAAUUCGGAAUGCGUUAAUUUUGUCUGUAGAAUGUGACGCUGGCCAAUGAAAAAAACAAGCUGCGAGCCGCAGUUUGGGCAACCGUGAUUUAGACAAAGAUAACCAAAAGUGCAAGCCUUUGCCAAAAUGUACUAUUUUGUUGUCAAGCAGACAGUUUCCUUGAUGUUAUUUAAUACAAUUGUGUAUUUAAUUACUGCGAUGAGGUGGCGACUUGUCCAGGGUGUACCCCGCCUACCGCCCGAAUGCAGCUGAGAUAGGCUCCAGCGACCCCCCGUGACCCCAAAAGGGACAAGCGGUAGAAAAUGGAUGGAUGGAUGUGUAUUUAAUUAGACUUUGGCUAGAAAAGUUUGUGAAACCCUCUUUAAAAAGUGGGUGGUGGUAAGAGGUAUUUAGUCAUCGAUUUAUUUGAUUUGACUUUUCAGCCUUCUAAAUAUUCAGUUCAGUUCAGUUUCAGUAUAUUUCGAACAUGCAUACAAUACAAUGUAAUUCAUCACAUAUUUCCAGUUGUUUAAUUACCGCACGUCCAAAAAGGAGUAGGAAGAAGCUGAGUUUAUUUAAUCCUACCGCUUUUCAUACCAUACCAAUUUUAUCCUAUUUCCUUGUUCUCUGUAACAUAACAGUGAACAAUAAAUAAUAAACAAAUAAUAUACCAUAGUAAGUAAACAAA